GCCAGUCCCUUGCCCAGGAGACUGAGCAGAGCAGUGCACCAAAUUGCAUCUCAUCUCCUCUCCUCUUCACACUCCUGACCUCCCUCCCAAGCUCGAACAACCAAGAUGGAGAGCUACACCAAGCUAUUCCAAAGGUGCAAGCCCUAUGUGGCGAUGAUCUCCCUCCAGUUCGGCUACGCCGGGAUGAACAUCAUCACCAAGGUCUCCCUCAACCACGGCAUGAGCCACUACGUCCUCGUCGUCUACCGCCAUGCCUUCGCCACCUUGUCCAUCGCCCCCUUCGCCCUCGUCCUCGAGAGGAAAGUUCGACCCAAGAUCACUUUCCCAAUCUUCCUGCAGAUAUUUGUACUAGGGCUCCUCGGGCCGGUUAUCGAUCAAAACUUCUACUACGCUGGACUAAAGUUCACCUCGCCAACCUUCUCCUGCGCCAUGAGCAACAUGCUCCCUGCGAUGACCUUUGUGUUAGCCGUCAUAUGCAGGAUGGAGAAGGUGCAUCUGAAGAAGGUGAGAUGCCAAGCCAAGGUGGUGGGAACUCUGGUGACGGUAGCCGGUGCCAUGCUGAUGACUCUGUACAAGGGGCCUCUCAUGGAGAUGGCCUGGAGCAAGCACUCGGGCCCGGCCCACUCCGGUGCGGCGGCCGCAGAUUCGACCGACAAGGACUGGUUCAAAGGCUGUAUCUGCCUCAUCCUCGCCACUCUAGCGUGGGCCUCGCUCUUCGUCCUUCAGGCGGCGACCAUCAAGAAGUACGACGCGCCCCUCUCGCUCACCACAUGGAUAUGCGGCGUCGGCACUCUGCAGGCGAUUGCUGUGACCUCGAUCAUGGAGCACAAGCCCUCUGUUUGGAAAAUAGGCUUCGACAUGAACCUCCUCGCUGCUGCCUACGCUGGGAUUGUGACGUCUAGCAUUGCCUACUACGUUCAGGGCCUGGUGAUACAGGAAAGAGGACCAGUGUUUGCCUCUGCUUUCAGUCCACUGAUGAUGAUCGUCGUGGCAAUCAUGGGGUCCUUCAUCCUCGCCGAGAAGAUCUAUUUGGGAGGAGUUGUGGGUGCAGUGCUCAUCGUGUUGGGACUCUACUCUGUUCUCUGGGGCAAGCACAAGGAGAACAAGGAGAAGAAGAUGGAGGCUUUGGACAUAUCGGUAGCGGUGAAGGAGAUGAUAGAACUGGAUGCAGUUGAGCUGGAGAAGGCUAAAGCCAACAACAUGGCGGUCUCCUCCAUUGACAAGGCUGUGGUGGCAGUGAACGUCUUCCCAGUACAAGAUAAAUCGGUGCUGGCCAAGGAGGAGCCAUAAUAAGUAGGAUUUUAUUUGGAUUUUUCCUUGCUUUUUGCCUUUAUUUUCCGUGUCUUGUCCUUCUUGUGAUGAUGAUCUAGUUGAGACUAUGAUUUGUAAGUUUGGAAGGAAUGGCAAUGAGGAGCUUAUAUAUAA